AUGAGCUUGGAUCGCCAGCAGACAAAUCGAGAUGGUGGUGUUGAGGAUCCCAAAAGGGAACCACUGCCACAACUGUCUCAAUUACAGUCUUCGUCGACAUCGACAUCGGAGUCAAUUCAUUCCGAGAAGACACCUUCCUUCAAAAAUGUCAGAAGUAAGAUUGGUGAACCUGUUAUCGCGGCAUUUAUAGCUGGGGGAGUAGCCGGUGCGGUUUCCAGAACAAUAGUGUCACCACUUGAACGCUUAAAGAUCUUGCUACAAAUCCAAAGUGUCGGCAGGGAAGAAUACAAGCUAUCAAUAUGGAAAGCUCUUGUGAAAAUGUGGCGAGAAGAAGGAUGGAGGGGGUUCAUGCGAGGCAACGGAACGAAUUGUAUUCGCAUAGUCCCUUAUUCUGCGGUGCAGUUUGGGAGUUAUAAUCUCUACAAGAAAUUUGCUGAGAGUUCGCCUGGUGCUGAUUUGUCGCCCACACGUCGUCUUUUAUGUGGUGGGGCAGCUGGAAUAACGUCUGUUAUCAUCACAUAUCCCCUUGAUAUUGUUAGGACUCGACUGUCCAUUCAGUCAGCCUCGUUUGCUGCUCUUGGGAAGCGGGAUGCAGAAAGGCUACCUGGCAUGUUCCGUACCAUGGGCUUGAUGUACAAGAACGAGGGCGGUAUUCUUGCCCUGUAUCGUGGCAUUAUUCCAACCGUUGCUGGGGUUGCUCCAUAUGUCGGCCUGAACUUCAUGACAUAUGAGUCUGUUCGCAAAUACUUGACACCUGAAGGGGACAUCAAUCCUAGUCCAAUUCGUAAGCUGCUGGCAGGCGCCAUCUCAGGGGCAGUGGCGCAGACGUGCACAUAUCCAUUUGAUGUCCUACGGCGACGUUUUCAAAUCAACACGAUGUCUGGUAUGGGCUACCAGUAUAAGUCAAUCUGGGAUGCUGUCAGAGUCAUCGUUGCUGAGGAAGGGAUGCACGGUCUGUUCAAAGGCAUUGGGCCUAAUCUGCUCAAGGUGGCGCCGAGUAUGGCGAGUAGUUGGCUUAGCUUCGAGGUUACACGGGAUUUUCUUGCGAGUCUAGAUGAUACAUAA